ACUUGUCGCCGAAUAGGAACAGGUGUAGACGGCUUGUUUGUACCUUGCAAGAUGCAUGUGUCAUAUGUGUUCAUGGCCUUGGUCUGCUACGGCGCCAUUCUCGGCCUCGUCACCAUGCAGUCGGCAGCCACGCCGUCGUCGGUCGGCCACUCCUCGCCGGUCUCCCUCGCGUCAACCGAUGGGACUACCCGGGCUGAUCUGAGAUCAGAGCUGGCGAUGGCAAGAGAGGAGGGUGCGCUGGCAAAGCGUCCCAUCCGGACUCUCCUGAGGAGAACCGCAACAGGUACCAAGAUCUCCAAUAGGUUCUGUGCGCUGAACGAGCAGAAUGAGUGCGAUUGGGAGAACUACGCAUCGUUCCUGCUGGCGGUGGUGGUGCCGAUGAUUGUGCUGGCGUGUCUGAUGUGCGUGUGUGGCCCGCUGCUGGCUUGCUUCCGCAUGUGCGGGUGCAUGGGCGGGCGGCAUCCGCGGCCGGGCCUCUGCUGUGGCAAGGGCAAUGUGGACAAGCUGUAUUCCAAGUCGACCAUUCAUGCGGUCAAGGGGCUCGCCCUGGUUGCCGUUGUGGUCUGCUUCAUCUGUCUCGUGUGCGCGUACGUGGGCAACGCUCGGACGAGCGAGGGCGUCAACGGCGUGGUCGACGCACUCAUCAAGGCCGGCGACUCGCUGGUGGCGCAAGUGCGGGCGAUUGGGACGUCGCUUGAGGCGCUUCCAUACACGCGCGACGUGGCAGCGUCGAUUAGCGAGGCAGCUAACUCGGCCAACUCGUUUGUCAACGACGUGCGGUCGGCCAAGAAGGACAUCAACGCGUACGAGGUCAUCCGGGCGGUGGCGGCCAACAUCUCGCUCCUUGUCCCGUUCCUCAUGCUCCUCACCUCGGUCUCACUCGGUAUCCUCAACAAGCGCGGCUGCUGCAUCCACAUUGUAUUUGGCACGCUCAUCACGCUCUCGCUUUCCUUUGUCUGGCUCUCAACCGGCAUCCAUUCACUGCUGGCCAUUGUAUUUGAUGACGCUUGCGACGAGUUUGCCACCUUUAUCGAUGGCUCGAACCCUGACAACAUCCUCGACACGCUCGUUGGCUGCUCGUCAAGCUCGGGCAUCGCGUCGGGCUUCCAGGGCCUCGCCGACGACGCACGCUCUGGGCUCGACCAGUCGGUCUCGGCGUCGUGCUCGCGGCUCGAGCCGGCGUGCGCCGUCACGGCCUCGCCGCGGCUCAACGGGUGUCCCAGCGUGUGCAACGCGACGACGCUGCCGAGCUACCGCCAGGCCACCUGGACUCCGUCGCCCAACACAGGCGGACAGCCGCUUACACUUGACGCCUGCCGCACAGAGUGCACCCAGGGAUCAGACGAGCAGUCAACCUCGGUUGCAGCUUUCACCGAGAUUGGCGACGUGAUCGAGUACAACCGCAUCCUCUCCGAGGAGAUCAUUCCGCUGCUCAACUGCGACUUUCUCACCACCCUCGUUCGCGACCUCUUUGCCUCGUUCUGCACCAAGCUCACGUCGGGCCUCAAGAUGGUCGCCCAAUCACAGAUCGCCAUGGCCACUUUUCUCAUGAUCGGCAUCUUCCUCCUCUGGCUCGGCCAGAAGCGCUUCCUUCCUGUCUCGGAAUCGGCCGAAGAGGCCGGCCCGCCCAAGAAGGUCGACGAGUACGGCGCCGCCCCCCCACCAGCGUACCACGAUGACGACAUGGGUGUGUAUCCUGGCGACAAGGAGCUGGACCAGUAUUGAUUACAUCAUAACAUUCACUGCACAAACAAA